AUGGCCAAGACGGAGUCAUCGCUCAAGCACUCGAAUCUGAGCUACAUGCUGCGCGACCACAAGAAGAAGAUGCUGUCCUCGCGGGAGAAGAUGUUCCUGGGCUGCGAUGCCGAGGCCAAUGCCGGCGCGGAGGUGGAUUUGAGCGAGCUGGAGGAGCACGACAUCUGGGCCGCCAUGGAGAACCAUCUCAGCGAUCUCGAUCUCCACCACCACCAGGAGGAUCAUCGCGAAGAUCUGGAGGAGAACUAUCAUCGAGGAGGCUAUGGAUUGGCGUCGUCGCUGAGCAGCAAAGCCACCCCGCAGAACAUCGUCUCCGCCACCGAAUUCCACGGGCGGAGCUCCGGGAAGUCGCUGCUCCGCCAGCAAUCGGCGCCCAUGAACGUCCCCGACUGGUCCAAGAUCUUGGGAAGCAGCGCCACCAAAUCUGCGGCCCGGCAGAGCGUUUUCCGCGAGGACGACGGAUCCGACGACUCGGAGGACGAGUGGUCGCGGGAGGAUCAUCUUCCGCGGCGGCUGCCACCGCACGAGGUCGUGGCGCGGGAUUACGCGCGCAGCCAUAGCGUGGCCUUCUCGGUUUGCGACGGCGCGGGUCACACUCUCAAGGGGAGGGAUUUGAGCAGAGUUCGCAAUGCUGUUCUCAAGCAAACGGGCUUCCUGUGA